UGUCAUUUGAGCGUGCGUGAAUGACGAAGAAGACGUGGCGCCAGCUUUUCCUCUGCUUCAACAAGCUACCGCUAUCUAACGAUUAUUGAAUGAGCACAAGUGAUUUUCCAAUCGCUACACUUCCGACAAAAUGAUUUCUCUAACGGAUUCACAGAAAAUCGGGAUGGGGUUGACAGGCUUUGGCGUGUUCUUCCUCUUCUUUGGGAUGAUCCUGUUUUUUGACAAGGCUCUUCUUGCCAUUGGAAAUAUAUUGUUUGUAGCAGGCCUAUCCUUUGUCAUCGGCUUGGAGCGUACCUUCAAAUUCUUCUUCCAGAGACACAAAUUUAAAGCCACGAGUUUCUUCCUGGGGGGUGUGCUGGUGGUUCUGAUUGGCUGGCCUAUCAUUGGAGUGGUGCUGGAGAUCUAUGGCUUCUUCCUCUUAUUCCGGGGCUUCUUCCCAGUGGCAGUAGGCUUCAUCAGGAGGGUGCCUGUCCUCGGGUCCAUACUGAACCUCCCAGGGAUUAGUGGAUUUGUGGACAAAGUCGGCGAGAGCAACAAUAUGGUAUAACAGUGAACAUCUUUGGAUUGGAGGAUAUGAAAUCCCUUUACUCUAUUUAUAAUAGUUUAUAUUGGUGACUUUUCUCUACUGGUCAACUAUUGGCCAAGACUACCCCCAUGUCAAAGGUCAAAGCUGUGAAUCAGGAACCUCUUUCUGAUCAAAGGAAAAUAAGGUUUCUUUGGGCAGACGUAUGAAUACAACUGGUAUCGUAAAGUUUCCUUUGACGGAAACGGUCUCAUAACCUGGUUGCCAUCGAUGGACGUUGUUACUAAGGGACUACUUUAUUUCAAGGCCCAAUGGGUGAAUUGGGCCCUUUGUGUCACUGCCCGUUCCUGAUCGACUGAUUAUGAUGAUUGACAUGUGACUGGACCAACCACUGGAUUGGACAUCGCUAUGGAGGAGAAGUCUUGAAUCUGUUACAGCAGUCUUUCUUCUAGAAUGUUGUUCUGGAAUGUUAUCUGUACAGUCAGAGAAGUGUUUUGGUUACUUGAUGAAGAGUUUCUGGAAUUUUUGUAUGGCUGUUUAGAGUACAGUUGUGUUACACCUGUGUGCUGUUCAGGAGGAUGUAGCUUUACAGAACAUUCAGAUAGAAAUGUAUUGUGUAGAACAGAUAUGAUUGUCAGAUAGAAUAAAUAGAGCUGACAUAAUUCCCUAUCUGCAAUGUUCAGAAUGUUUUGCAUCACUAAAUACUAAGCUGUUGAAGAUGACUUGCCCUGUGCGCACAAUGGGUCACAAAUGGGUACAUUCAUUUAAGCUUGUCCAGGACACCGGGUGAGUUGAAUUUACACGUUUUAAACUAUUCCUUCCUAAAAAUGAAAAUUUCCACCCACCUGGGGCACUGGGCGAGCUAAAACGAAUGCAUCCAAUGCUACAGAUGUGUCUCUACAACCCAGAUAUUGAUGGUCUCACAGCAGCUGGGCUUUGUCACUUUCUACUUAAUGUAUUAAGAGGUUCGUCAGAGAGA